AAUGUUAAGGUACAAAGAAACAUUUCAUUGUUUUCGUGUGGUGCAGCUAACGUGCUAGGUCUUGUUUACUUUUUAAGAAAAUCACAUAUUCCCGACGAAAAUAAAACCAAGCUUCCAAUAUCCAUAGAAAUAUGUCCUCCCGCGACUAUGCUGAGCUUCGAAAUGAUGAAAAAUUCAUUAACUGCGUGGAAAAUUUCGAUGCCAGUUUGGACAAGAUUGAGGCAGAUCUGCUGUUGGCAUGUGGCGUAAAGGAUUACGAUGAACUGUCGACACAGGAACGUGUAAAAUUGGACAAUUAUUUAGCAUAUUCAAUUAAUUCGCUGUAUUGGAUGUAUGUCAAAUUGCAGGGAUUAGAUCCAAAUGAGCAUGGUAUAAAAAAUGAACUAUCCCGUGUGCGACAAACUAUACUGCGAGAUAAACAAAUUUAUGAACGCAAUACAAUUCGCCCGGUUUUGGACAAAGGUGCCGCUGGCCGUUUUAUUAAACACGGACUGCACAUACGUUACGACAAGGAUGGUAAACCAAUACCCGCCAACAGUGAUGAUGCCGAGAGGAGGUCUUAAAAUUAGAUUAGUUUUAGUUUUUUUUUUUAUUAGAAUUAGUAGGAGUACUAGGAUUAGUAGGAAAUACUAGCAAUUUCUACCAAAACAAAAAAGACUAUUGAAUAAAAUAUUUAAAAAAAGGACAAUAAUUAACCAUA